AUGGCCACAUCCCGGAGAGCCGGCGUUAUGGGGGAGGGACAGACAAGUCGAGAGUACAAAUACACACAGGAGAUAUCCCAAAUGAUGUUCGUUUUUGGAGAAGUCCAGGAUCCUAAUCCGGAGACUGUCAAUCUCGUAGAAGACAUCGUGCGCAGCCAACUUAUUGAGCUAAUCGUACAAGCCCGGGCACUCGCCACGCGCCGCGGGGCAAGGUAUCUCUCUGCAGAGGACCUGAUAUUCCUAAUUCGCCAUGACCGCGGGAAGGUCAAUCGCCUACGGACAUAUCUCUCUUGGAAGGACGUUAGGAAGCACGCAAAGAACUCUGAAGGAGAUGCUGGAGGAGGUGUCGAAGUCGAGACAUUAGAAGACGGACCGGACGACAAAUUGACUGCAAAAGCGCAGAAAAUCACGAUUAAAUUGCCUUGGGAAAUCACAACAAUGUAUUCCGAGGUUCUGAAACAAAGUGGACAUCAGUCAGAUGAUGAAGAAGACGAGGAUGAUAUCGAGGCGCAUGAAGCUUCCAUCCAGCGGUUGAAAGAAGCAGAUGAUGCCACAAGACAAAUGACAAGAGAAGAAUAUCAGCAUUACUCUGAUUGUCGGCAGGCUUCAUUUACAUAUAGGAAAGCCAAACGUUUCCGCGAGUUUCUGAACCUCCCACCGCAGCUUGACCUCAAAGCCAACGAUGACACAGUCGACAUUGUUGGUUUUCUUGCCUUCGAAAUGGUACGAUCCCUCACCCUCGCCGGACUCGCCGUCAAGAAAUCGCUCGAGGACUCCUUCCUGAGAGACGAUUAUACCUCUCCUGUCAUGGGCAAGCGCAAGGCUGGCGCGUCUGGUGGACCUGCGGAGAAACGACGCCGAGAGGGAUCGCCAGACGACGAGACGGAGUACACGCUCCCGGUGAAUUCACUGUUCUUGCCACCUCCUGAAGCACGGACGGCGUUAAGGACGGAGCAUAUACAAGACGCGUUCGCGAGGAUGCAAGGAGAGUGGUCGCAUCAUCGGUCGGCAGGGAUGCAUAAUUGGCGUGGAGGGCUGGUGAGGACGAGGAUCAGUCUCAUCUGA